ACAUAUAUAGACGUGAUUACACCAAACAUAAGCAAUGAAAAAGAGUGUCUCUUAGAGAAAGAAGCAUUACCUAAAGCUUUCAAUUAAGUUAGAAGAUUUAAUGGUGUACGUAGUGAUGAAGGUGUUGAUGGGGUUUUGGUGUUCCCUUGCACUACUUCUAAUGGUAGCUUUUGGUAUUGUCCAUGGUGGCAGUGUCACCUAUGACAGAAGAUCAUUGAUCAUUGAUGGUCAACAUAAAAUCCUCUUCUCUGGUUCAAUUCACUAUCCUCGUAGCACUCCUAAGAUGUGGUCUGAUUUAAUUGCCAAAGCCAAGGAAGGAGGAUUAGACGUCAUAGAUACUUAUGUGUUUUGGAACCUUCACGAACCACACAGAGGCCUGUAUAAAUUUAAUGGAAAGCGUAACAUAGUGAGAUUCAUUCAAGAAAUCCAAUCACAGGGUUUAUAUGUGAUCCUCAGAAUUGGACCAUUCAUUGAAAGUGAAUGGACUUACGGGGGUCUACCAUUUUGGUUGCAUGAUAUUCCCGGUAUUACUUUUAGAACAGAUAACGAGCCAUUCAAGUUUUACAUGCAAAAUUUCACUGCAAAAAUAGUCAACAUGAUGAAAUCAGCUAAUCUUUUUGCAUCACAAGGAGGACCCAUCAUACUAUCACAGAUUGAAAAUGAGUACAGUUUGGUUGAAGGGGCGUUUCACAAGAAUGGAGUUAAAUAUAUUCGCUGGGCUGCAAAAAUGGCCGUGGGACUCCAAACUGGAGUGCCUUGGGUAAUGUGCAGGCAAGAUGAUGCUCCUGAUCUUGUGAUCAACACAUGCAAUGGUCUGAGAUGCGGGGAAACAUUUAAAGGGCCUAACUCACCUAACAAGCCUUCACUAUGGACAGAGAAUUGGACAUCGAGAUAUCCAACCUUUGGUGAAAAAACACGAUUAAGAUCGGCUGAAGACAUUGCAUAUAAUGUUGCCUUGUUCAUUGCAAAGAAUGGAAGCUUUGUCAACUACUACAUGUACCAUGGGGGGACAAAUUUUGACAGAACAGCUUCUGCUUUUGUAACAACAGCUUAUUAUGAUGAUGCACCAUUAGAUGAAUAUGGUUUGGUUAAGCAACCAAAAUGGGGGCAUCUAAAGGAGUUACAUACUGUAAUUAAGAAUUGCUCUGAGCCUUUACUGUAUGGAACACAAACUACGUUGAACUUGGGUGCACAACAAGAAGCUUAUGUUUUCAAAAAGAACUCAACAUCUUGUGUUGCCUUCUUGGGAAAUAGUGCUCAUAUAGAUGCCACAAUCCAAUUUCAAAAUGUUACAUAUCAGUUACCCAGACAAUCAAUCAGUAUCCUACCAGACUGCAAGAAUGUUGCCUUCAACACAGCAAAGGUAAACACACAACAUCUAAUGAGAGCAAUGAAAUCCCAGUUACAGUUCAAUUCAGCUGAAAAGUGGAAAGUGCACAUAGAUGCCAUCCCUAACUAUGUUGAUACUUCAUUAAGAGAAAAUAAAGUAUUGGAUCAUUUCAGCAUAACAAAAGAUACUUCUGAUUAUCUGUGGUACACUUCUAGCAUACAUGCUCAAUCUCCCAAUACUCAAUCAGUUCUCAGUGCAUUUAGCAGAGGACAUGUUUUGUAUGCAUUUGUCAAUGGUGUAUUAGUAGGUUCUACACAUGGUAGUAUCAAAAAUACACAUUGCAACUUGGAGAUCAAGAUCAAUUUGGGAAUGGGGGAGAACAAUAUUUCCUUACUCAGUGCAACAGUUGGAUUACCGGAUUCGGGAGCACACCUAGAACAUAAAACAGCUGGUUUGUAUGAUGUGAAAGUUGAUGGCAGAGAUCUCACAAGUCAAUCAUGGGGAUAUCAGGUUGGGUUGUUGGGAGAAAAAUUGAAAAUAUAUACAAGCACUGGAUUACGUAAUGUUUACUGGGGAAAUCUUGGAAACUUUGCUCAACCACUCACAUGGUAUCAGACCACAUUUGAUGCACCAGCUGGUAACGAUCCUGUAGCACUCAACCUUGGUUCAAUGGGAAAGGGUCAAAUUUGGGUUAAUGAACAUAACAUUGGUCGCUAUUGGGUAUCUUUUCACACGCAUGAGGGAACUCCUACACAACAAUGGUAUCACAUACCUCGAUCUUUCUUGAAACCUGCUGGUAACCUUCUAGUUCUACUCGAAGAAGAAAAGGGAAACCCACUAGGAAUAACUCUGGACACAGCUGUUUACACUAUGGUGUGAAAGAUAUCUUUUCCUAUGUCAAGAACGCAGUAUAUAUAGCUUGAACCUCACUUUUAUUCUACAUCAUAGAAUAAAUAAAGUAGCAUGAGUUGUUUUGCUUCAUGGUUAUUGUGCAUGAUAAUGUAGAUAUACAACCCCAAAAGAUUGGAGCUACUAGUUAAGGGGUGUGUAUCUAUGUGUGUUGUGUACCAUUAAGCACAAACACUCCCUGAAAAUGUUGUCAUGUUAGACACAUUUCCAACAUCAACACUCCCUGAAACUUGUUUGACAAUUCUACUUAUAUUCAAUUAAAAAAU